CUUACACAUCUCCGCCCACCAAACUGCUUUCCCAAGUCCACAAUGCAUACAACUACAACAGAGAAGCUACACAGCUUCCUACCUUGUCGAAAACCCAGCAAUGGCUCAGAACACGUACCUCCACCACCACCAGAUGGAGGACUCCAAGCCUGGACCCAAGUCGUGUGCAUGCACUUCGUAUUCUUCAACUCUUGGGGAAUCACCACCAGCUUCUCCGUUUUCGAACAAUUAUAUACCCAAACCUUACCGCAGUCAGCAUCCUCCAUCGCCUGGAUCGGCAGCGUUCAGGUAUCUCUCCUCUUCUUCAUGAGCGCCCUUACCGGACGCGCAACAGACGCCGGCUACUUCAGAAUCAUGUACCCACUCGGGGUCCUCCUUCAGCUCGUGGGACUCUUCACGCUCUCUGUGUGCAAAACCUACUGGCAGAUAUUCCUCGCUCAGGCGGUAUGCAUGGGUCUCGGCAAUGGACUUACAUUCAACCCCGGACUUUCAGUCAUGUCCGCCUACUUCAUGAAGAAUCGAGCCUUCGCAGUGGGCUUGGCAGCUUCUGGUGCAGCAACAGGGGGCCUGAUAUACCCUGUCCUCAUCAACCAAUUGCUAUAUAACCACCAGAUAGAAUUUGGAUGGACAAUCCGUGCAGCAGGGCUUCUCAUGCUGAUUACUCAGAUCUUCGGUCUUGUUUUCUUCAAACCCCGUCUUCCCCCUCGGACAACUGGCCCCCUCAUCGAGAUCGGCGCAUUCGCUGAACCACCUUUCAUCUUCUUUACGCUAGCCUACUUUUUCAACUUCUGGGGCUUGUAUUUCGCCUGGUUCUACCUCGGCACCUUUGCGCGAGACCGUCUUGGUGUCGCGGAUACACAGAACCUGAUCCUCGUGUUGAAUGGCGUUGGUAUCGUUGGACGUAUCGCGCCGGGUAUUAUUGGUGAUCGAUGGACAGGGCGAUUGAACCUCUUGAUCCCCAUCAGUAUUUCAUGUGCAGUCUUGAUAUUCUGCUGGAUAGCUGUUAGUACUGUUGCAGGGCUGUAUGCAUUUGCUGUUGUGUAUGGAAUUGUGGGCGGGGCCGCGCAAUCACUCAUUCCCGCCACGGCAACGACCAUGACGCCGGAUCUCAAUCGCACUGGUACAAGGCUGGGAAUGAUCAUGAGUAUUGUGGGAUUUGCGACGCUGACUGGGCCAGCUAUUCAAGGGGCGUUGAUCGCUACUGAUGGAGGUAGGUAUAUGGCGGCUCAGAUUUUCGCGGGUGUCAGCAUUAUGCUCGGUGCGUGUGCGAUUGCGGCGGCGCGGGUGGCUAAGGUUGGGUGGGGAUUGGAUGUGAAGGCGUGA